AUGGAGACCGUGGUGGCCGUGCCUUUACCUCCGCCGACCCAAGCGGAGAUAGACGAGCUACGGAUGCAGAGCGUGGAGCGCGCUGCUGCGACAUGGAGUCAUUUGAACCAGAUGACUUACGAACAGCUGGCGCAGCUCCUUGCGCAGCAAAGUCCCAUGGCGCAACGUCUGGAAGAAGAAACGACCAGACAGCUGGCCAUGGCAGCGGCGAUGGAUAAGAAUCGCCAGGAACAAGAAGAGUCGCGAGCGGUUCUAUCGCGACAGCAAGAGGAGUUGGUGCGUCAGCAAGAGGAGCUGAAGAGAGCGAUGGCUGAGCAAGCCAGAGUCUCAGAAGCGCACCAAGAAAUGCUCCGACAAGCAUUGGAUGUGAUGCGUCAGCAACACUACAAGGUAGAAGAGCUGAAUCAAAAGCGUUCGGCAUUUACGAGUGGCCGAGCCGCCGAAGCGCCUCGGCUGGAGAACCUGAUGGUCGUGCAGCAAGUGCCGUUUUCGCCCACGUACAAGGGAAGCACGAAGCGUGAUCGCCGCGAGUUCAUGGACGAGUACCUCGCGUACUCGCGACGCAUAGAAGUGCUGAACCGCGGUAUAGGCGGUACCUUGAUUCUGAUGCCGCUGGCGGCGUGCAUCGAUCAGAAGAUUGUGCCGCGUGUUUGCGCACAUGAUUUCGGGAAGUCGUUCGAAGACAUCACAGAGAACGACAGGCGUGACUAUUUCCUGUCUGCACGAGAGGUGCAGGAAUUGGACCUCGACGCCGUGGCGAAGGCCAUGGCGUCGUUGAAGAUGGACACGAAGAUACGCGACGCCGAGUCGCGUGUGGGAAGACUGCUGGCCGACUUCUACGAGAAGUUGGAGCAACUGGACGUUGCUCACCUGCCGGAGCAAGAGCCGAAGCAGUCGGUGAAGAUAUUGACGGCGGCGAUCCGGCCGCAUCAAUUGAAGGCGACUGUCGAAAGACAGUUAACUCGCGAAAUGAACAAGGCGUACAAGUCGGACGUGCGUUCGUUUUGCCGUUGGCUUGUGACCCUCAUGGACAACUUUAUGUUGUUCGAGUCGCAACUGGUCGUGGAGAGGAAGCACGACCAGAUUCCGCCAAGACAGUAUGGCGAAAAGGCUCGGCGAUUCUUGCCGACGAAGAAGCAUGACGGCGGCGCGUCUGUGAAAACGCCGUCGACUACCGCGGCAGAGUUGUCAAGUGGAAACGGCUGCCUGAAGUGUGGCAGCGACGAACACCGGGGCUUUAAGAAACCUCACGGGACGUCGUCCGCAGCGUCGGAGAAGAGGGACGACGCCAAGAGCAAGAUUAUUGUAGCUGCCGUGGGCUCCAAGGACGCGUUGAUUAUUGACUGUCCACGCACGGUUGCGUGUGAUGUCAAUGGUGUGACGGCGUUGGCGCUCUUGGACAGCGGCGCCGAUCAAUCGGUAGUGUCGCCAACGUUCCUGGUGCGCGUCGAAAAGAUCGGUAACUUUACGUUGGCGGUGCGCCAACUGGACCGACCGAUCGAGUUGGGCGGCUUCAUGGAGGCCAUGAAACUUACAGUGGACCGCGAAGUCAAGCUGCGGUUGACGUUCGACACGGCCGAAGGAACGUUGGUGUUAUCGAACCUGAAGUGCUGGGUGGCCGCGAUGCCACUUCAAGAUGGCCUGGUCGACGUUAUCGUCAGUCGCAAUGUGAUGGCGCGACUGGGAUACUGCCCUCAUUUGUUGCUGGCGCAAGCGCGGCGUGCGCAGAGUGUGUACGACCUCAAUCAGCUGGGCGACAAGGAGACCCCGCUGAUUUUUUGCAGCCAUGAAGGUGGUUGA